AUGGUGAACUACUACAGUAGAUUGCUAUCCUUCCAGUCACCUCUGCUGUCUCCGGGCCCCAGAGUCCCGUUAAUGUUCUGUUUUAUUACUACAUUAAAGGCAGGAUAGAAUCUCAACCAGAGUGGCAAAGGAAAACAGUACAAUGGAGCUAAAAACUUGACACGCAACUGACUCCCCAUAGACUAUCAUUCAUCUGUAAUAGAUACUGUACAUCCUUGCCCUCUGACUCAGGUUUAUUGUUGAGGUUGUAAGUGCUGUGUCACCCCCAGUCUGCUCAAUCAUUGUGUUGUGUUGUGUUGUCGUAUCGGAUGAGUGGUGGCCAGUUAUUGCUGUCAACAAAGAGUCCGUUCAAGCUGCACCGUGUUAGAGGCUUUUAUUAAAAUCACGAGGUUACAGCAUAAGUACAGACCCGCGGUGUCCGGAGAACGGCACCUCAGAUUGCCAUGGCCGUUCUGACUUUCUUCUUCGUUUAACCCCCCUAUUUAUAAACAAUGAUGCUCCCUCUUCUGGCCAAUCCCCAGUCUCCCCUGUCUACAACACACUUCCGGUCUGUUGUAUGUGGCAUUACACCUAAAACAUUCUCUCUUGAUACUAACAUAAACAACAUUCCAUUUCUUCAUGAAACAGUCAUAAUGUUAAUACACCACAUUUCCCCCCUUCGAGACGAACUAAACGUCUCGAAAACAAUCAGAAUAGGAUUAUGACUAGUAACAAUUUAUCUUAUUGAGUAUCUUUAACAUUAAACCAAAAACAUUCUCCUCUAGAGUGUAAAUACCUUUCUAUGCAAUAACUGUUUAUGAAGUGUGAAUACAUUACUAUGAAAUAUGAACAAAUCUCUAUGGAGUGUAAGAGCGAAAAACUGUCCGGCAACCUUCCAUCCAUCAAUCAAGACAGUCAAAUUCUCUCACGGUCCCUCUGCCCCAGGCAACCACCUUCGGUACUCCAGAUAACCUCAUAAACCAUGUAAAUGCAUUUGAAACUAUGAUGCAAUUAAAUACACAUGUAAGCCCCUGCAAACAAAAUCCUAUCCAAAAACAUCCACUCUAAAGGCUGGUCAACCCAUUGGACCCCAAAGUGGACCUCUCCCUGCCUAGACUCCUCUGUCCCUAAGCAUCACCGAAAUAAACAAAAACAUCUAAGAUCCUCACAUGUAUUCAAUAACAUCAAACAUCAUUCUAAAAAAAUUAAUCCCUAAGGCUAUGACACAAAUUAUGUAUUACACAUGUCAAUAUUUCAUUGCAGACACUGGAAUGUAGUCCACUACACUUCAUCUCCCUGUAGUCUCCUCUUCCAAUGGACUGUUGAUGAUGGAAUCAGCCACACCCUCCUUGUUUCAUCUCCUCCAGUCAUAUUGUCCCUUCCCAUUGUCUUUGUUUGAGUAUUUCAAUCUCCAUAUGUUCCCCCAAAUGCUUCUGGAAGAAAAAGAAACGACCAAACAGUAUCUUUUGCAAAACAAACACUUUCAAAUUGAACAUCAAUAUCAACUAAGAAUAUAGAAAUGAUAUAUAAAUUAUGUAUGAAUCACAUAAACCCAUUCCCCCCUUUGAUUCAUAAAUCAUACCAACAUCACCCUAAUAUUGAAUUUUUUUUUUUUGAAAAAUCAUCAAAUAAUCAAAAAUGAUAUUUAUCCAUUCAGUUCCACUUGUCCAUCUUAUCCAGAUCAGGAACAGUCAACACCGGCAUCUGAGUGUUGUCUCCAGGCAUCACUCUCCAACCUAUCUCAAUAUCAUAGCUUUCUCAAAGGUCAGUAACAAAUUACAAACAUCACACAGUGUUAUCAAAGCUGAAACUAAAAUCUGACCCAUCACUGCCCCUACUGGGCCUAACUGAUCUUGCAACCAAGACUUCUCAGAUCUCCCAAACGCAUCCCUUAUAUUCUUCAAUGCAUAUAUAACUAUCUGAACUAUCUGGACUCAAAGUAUCUACUAAUAUUAUCAAUAGGAUCUUCCCAAAUGUUACACCAUACCAUGGAAAAAAUCCCCCCUUCUCCCUUACAUUUAUCCUUCAAUGAUAGGCUUGAAGACUAUGACAUGUCGCCAUGUCACCCUUUAACCCUAGAUUUAGCUGUGUCCGGUGCUAUCCCUCUUAUAAUGGUAAAAACCUCAUAUGGAAGCUUCAACGUUGACAUGUAACAACAUCCUGUCUAUCCAUAGUGUAAGAAUAUAUAUGCUUUAUCACCACAAACCCUCAAAAUAUCUCUAAAAUCCCCAUAGUCACAUUGUCAGGCAAAAGCUAAUCUUUUAACCAUCAAAGUCCUGCUGUUCCUACUACCUGAUACAUAAAAAUUACAUAUUUGUCAUCUCUAACCUUAUGUUCAUGCUUAUCCAAAAUCAUCAUAUAAUCAUCACAAUCUGAUAUUCCCAUAAACAUACCCCUUAUAUCAUAUGUUUUAUUAGAACAAAAACAACUUUUAGCCCUCAAUGUUUACACCUCAAAUGCUUCAGGGUUUGCUUGUUACCUGAUUUUACUUUCCAUCUAACAAAUUCACACAAGUUAAUUCACUUAAUCCAAUAACACCUAAACCUAGGCUUAAACAAAUGUUUUGACAAUGGCAUUAUUUUAUCUGUUACUGACUGUUGCUGAUACCACAGUCAUGACAACGCAUAAGAUUGACACAUACUUGAUAGAGGUCGAACGACCGUCUCUAACAUGUUUGACUGGAAUUCUAACCAGACAUGGACCCUCAAGAUUCCUCACUGAUAUUACAGAAUGAGCUGCUGGAACCUGCCCAUCUAUCUCUAAUUUUCAGAACAGAAGAAUCAAACCACAUGCAUAUAGUUUCUCUCUUCCCUAACGAGCGGUACUGAUCAGAUACCUCUCCUUGUCUGUCAUUAAAAUCAAAGACCUCAUCCUGUACCUCCAUGAUGAAUCUAUAUUCUCUCUACUACUAUCUGUUCUCCUAUUUUAACCCUAUUGGUACUAUAAUUGACAGCACUCUCCAUCCGUAACAUAACCCCUGAGUCCUUCUUGCUACCCCCUUUAAUUUCAGAAAAGUUGUUGUCGGUGUCAUACUUCCUAUAUUUGCUAUUGCCAUCGUAUCAUUAAUCCCUUCCAAAGUUACCAUUAAAGUAGUUGACUUAAUUGCUGUAUCAACCCUAAUUACUUCUAGUGCAAAAGUUCCCAUUAUCCUAUGUGUAUUAUUCACUGUUGGAGUGGCUACUGUAAUCUACUCCUCCUGAACUCCCUCAAUGACUGUGGAGGCUACAACAGACCUCAACUCUUCCAUUAUAAGCGUUACUUUAUGAAUUACAUAGCCUUUUAACCAAUAAUUCUUAACCAGAACAAAUUCUAAUGCUUGCACUAGAUAAGUAUACUUCUUCUCCAUACUUAUCUCUCCAUGGGGGAGAAACGUCCCCAUCCUAACCCUAAUAAGUAUUCUUUCCCCUAAAAUUGGUGCUAUAUUGGUUCCCUUAUAAUCAAAUGCGAUAUAUUUAUGACUUUAAUAACUAUCAAUGUUGAAAGAGUUAAAUUGCUUCUCACUGUUGUUAUAAUAGACUGAAGUGUUAAUGUCCUUAGUUACUUCUAGUUUUCCCCAAAGAAAAGUUGUCUUUGCUUGUACUUCCAUCUAUCACCACUAGUGUCACUUUUUCCCCACUCUCAGUCCUUUCUCUAAUCCCUGACUUUCAAACUUUUGAUUAUAAAAAAUACACCUAUAAUUACCUUGAUCUUCCUACUCUAAAGUGUCAUUCACCAUUGUUCUCUCUCUCUUACUACUAACUUUGAAACUUAGCUUACUGUCUUAGAGUUCCUUCAACCUAGUCCUCCUAACUUAUUUUAAUCUAAUCUUUUCCUCCUAACCUUUAAAACAUUUUCCACUGAUUUAUUCACAACAUCCCUUUACCACCAAAUUUUAGAAUAUGUGAUUGGGAAAGUUCCCACCUGCUUCUGACUUCUUCACACAGACUUGGCAAACGUCUAAACACCUUUUAGCCUAGCCUGAAAUCCCUUGGUGUAAGAAUGUAACCCAGACUCUUUAAAAUCCUCUACCAGACAGCCGUUUAGUGCACAUCCUAUUGUACAGUUCAAUUUAAGCAAUGCAUCUUUUCCCAACACUGCAAUAACAGUAUCUUCUAAUAUUAGUAUCUUAAGAGUAAUUAACUGUUUUACUACCUCAAAUCCCUAUCCUAAUUAGUUAAUUUUACAUAGUGAUAUGUUUAACCUCUUUAGGCUGAACACAGAUAAGUUUUUACACUAUUCACCAUCACUUCUCAUAGUCCUCUGGUUUUACUUCAAUUGUUAGCUAUUUUGUCUUCUUCUCUAAUCGUUGCUAUCAGCUGGCACCCCCCUUCCGGAUCUUCUAGGCACUCUAGAAUCUUUAGGGUUCACCUGGAGAACAGGUGAUCUUGAAUUGCCCCUGUAUCUUCCUUAAAAAUGUUCUCUGUUCUUCCUCCUGACUUGUUGCACUCAUAGGUAAAGUACCCAACCUGUCCAUAAUUAUAACAGUCUUCUGAAAGUUGCUGGAAGUGUAGCUGAAAUCUUCCUCCUCCUUCUAAGUAUUCUCGUCCUCUUCCUCUCCAAUUCUGUGUCUGUCCAGAAACUGGCUGUGGAUAUGAAACAUUUGGUACCCACCUUGGCUGGUACAAUUGCAUUUGAUAUUGUUCAGUUGAAGCUGUAACAGUGAUUGUUGAUUUGGUUCACUCUGAUUCUUCAUAACCAAAGCUUCUCUUCUCCACCAGUUGUAUGAUUGAGUUUUCUGAGAGUUUCUUCGUCCUGUUCUUUCUUCUUCUCCAAUUCUUGGGAUCCUUUUCUCAGCAAUUUCUCCUCUUCUGUAUCUUCAGCUGUGUUACUUCUUCUAAACUAUUUGCUUUAUCCAGGCAUGAUAAACAUAGGUCUAUAUAUCUAUUUCUUCUUUGCUAGUCAUUGUAGGAUAAAAUCCUCUUGAACAUAAAGCACCUUUAAUCUCCAAAUCUUCAUCUUUGCUUUCAUCAGAGAUCAAAUCUCGUGUAUCCUUCUUCUUUCCUCUCUUGCCAACUUCCUUCUGAUCACAGAGUCAUAUCCACCCAUGAUCUCUUCUCAAUCACUCUCAUCUUCAUCAUCCUCGUCUUCUUUAACCUCACUCUUCUCUUCCAGACAUCUCAUUUUCUUCCUUCUGGAGUUUUGGAUUUCACUUUUAUCGUCGUUUCUGCUUGUCCUCUAUCUAUUAUUCAUCUUCAUCUCUGAUGCAACAAUCACCCUCCUAGAUGAUCACCGGAAGCUGAGGAUAAACAUCCCUAAGCUGUACUUCCCUUAGCCUUAUCUCUAUAGCUUUGUUUAUCUUAUCGCUGGAAUCUUUUAUCAGUUUUUGUUUGAGAAUGAAGGGCAACUUUUGUUUCACUUGCCGGAUAACCUAGCAAUACUUUAGUUAAAGGAUUACCAUUUUAUACCAUAUCAAUCGGUGUACUGACUUUUAUAGCCUUGAUGUCGUUUUCCCCCAUUGUAACAACCCUUUUAUAUUCCUUUAUCGUGAAUUAUUUUAUUUUAGACUGUAUAGCCUAUGGCUUCCCCCCUCUAAUUAUUAAUAUAAACAUAACAACUCCAAAAAAAAAAAAAAAUAAUAAUAAUAAUAAUUAAAAAUCAAAUCAACUAAAAUAUGAAUAUGAAAAAAUUCAAUUAAAUGUUUUAUUCAAAAACCAUUUCUAAUUAAAAUAAAAAUCAAUCAAAAAUUAUGAAUAAUUUAAAACCCAUUUUUAUAUCUAUAUCCUAACUUACCCAUUUAUCAAUUUAAUGGCUAUCUUACCACAAUCCAUCAGGAAAGUAAAUGUAACCAUAAACUCCAUUGUUUAAUAUGCACCCAAGUAUCUUAAAUUUACAGAAUAAUGUCAGUCCUUGAUUCCCAACACAACUCCAAUCAAACCCCAGUGAUGCACAGAGCCUCCAAAAUGCAAUUUUUAUUCAAAUGAGUAUUUGCCAAGCCUAUGUGAAAUUGUCAUAAAAUAUUUUGUAAGGGAUGAUUUUGUGAACUAGCCUGAUAUCUGAUCCGAUCGUCUGCCGCGUCACGUGAUGUCACGUCAGCACUUCCUGUAUCUCCUCUCUCCUGUCGUAUCGUCAUAUUGCUCCUCUCAUGACAGAAGGACAGAAACACAGAAUAACAUUUUAGUAGUUAAUGCAAUCACUGAGUAUUUCCAACCAUUCAAUAUUCGUUCGUUCUACAUUCGCUCUAAGAAUUAACUCAGGAAUAAUUAUCGAUCGCUCAAAAACAUUUUAUUUAAUUUUAAUCCGUCAUUUAAUUUAAUUCAUUAUACUUCGCCAACAUAUAUUUAAUUUAUAAAUUCAAUCGGUCACAAAACAAGUUUCAUCUUUACCCAGCAGCCGUUUAAACUAGAAUACUCGUGUUAAAAUCUCUCCUCUUUGUCUGUGUCCAUUUCUCUGUCUCCCCCUGCAGCCCCCAGAUGGGACCUAUGACCUUUACCCAUAAUGCAGUGUUUUGUAGGCUUAGCACAACCGCAUGUCGUAGUUUUAGCGCCGUAAAAUCAUGCACAUGCGCACAUCCAUUUAACCCCAUGCUUUUUCACCAUGGAACGAUAGCAUUACGCUACAGCUUCACUAUUUUUUACCUUAUACUCACACAAUUACACAUAACAGAGCUCACAAAACAUAUCACCUGACUUACACACAGAGACAAGUUUAAGAGACUUUAAUCCAUCGCAAUGGGGUCUCUAAGGAUAUCCGUUAGCAUGUAGCACGCAACACAAUUAGCAUUUAGCAUUAGCCUUAGCAGCUAUGUAGAAUGUAGCAUAAUUAGCCUAUGGCUUUAGCUAACUGCGGCCUACUACACAAACACAUAUCCUGCACUGUCCUAUUAAUUUUGAACCUAUUUCUCCUACCAGUUUUUUGCUACCGUGGAUUAAUGACCAUUACACCGAGAAAUUAGACCCAAUCAAACAUCCCGUCGGACGCAAGUCAAACCAUAAUCACAAUCAGAUAAAUCCCAUUAAUCCGAGCUUUCCCUUUAAAAAACUCACCGUCUGCCCAUUCUAUCGUGCAAACGGAUUUGCCGGCCCAACAUCUAAAAUGGCCCCCCCUGGGGGUCUUAAGCGGUACAGUGCCCUAAAGAAUGCGCAUAUCUGUCUUAAUUGUACACUUUCAAUACUUAAUUCCUACCGUUUAAUGCUCUAAAAACUUCCAAUUAUCUGCCGUUUCCAAUGGAAUAACAUUUUAGCAGACUCUAGUCAUCAGCAAUAACGCCACCCGAGGCAAGGUCGUAAUGGUACAUCUCUCCAGUGUACACAAGUCGUAUCCAAUCUAACAAACUCCAAAGCGGUAAGAAAAACUCACCCUGGCCUUGUCUGGCCAUGCUUCAAAGCGAGUUAACCUGGCGGUUGACUGAAACAAAGAAGAGGCGCAGAACAGCCCCACGUUGGGCGCCAUUAUGUCGUAUCGGAUGAGUGGUGGCCAGUUAUUGCUGUCAACAAAGAGUCCGUUCAAGCUGCACCGUGUUAGAGGCUUUUAUUAAAAUCACGAGGUUACAGCAUAAGUACAGACCCGCGGUGUCCGGAGAACGGCACCUCAGAUUGCCAUGGCCGUUCUGACUUUCUUCUUCGUUUAACCCCCCUAUUUAUAAACAAUGAUGCUCCCUCUUCUGGCCAAUCCCCAGUCUCCCCUGUCUACAACACACUUCCGGUCUGUUGUAUGUGGCGUUACACCUAAAACAUUCCCUCUUGAUACUAACAUAAACAACAUUCCAUUUCUUCAUGAAACAGUCAUAAUGUUAAUACACCACAGUGUUUUACUCUGUCUCUGUAAAACCUGUUUCUGUCUCUGGUUGUUUCUCUGUCCUGCAGCUGUCUCACUGGCUCUGGCCUUGAAUGGAGUCUUCACAAACACUAUCAAGUUGAUAGUUGGCAGGUAAAUACAUAAUUGCAAUACAUCAACUAGACUCAAACUCUGUUUGGGGAAGGUUGAAUUAUAUAUCAAAGAGUAUCUUAUCUAAAUUGGCAUUCCCCAUUCAGUUAUGCAGUGUGGCAUUUAAAUAAUUAACAAAAUGCCUUUGACAUGUACCUUAAGUUAACUUUAGGUGGCAUAAGCAAUAAUGAAACCCUUUUAAGAGAGCGAUUGAUUGAAAUUUCUUCUUCCCCUUCUCUGCAGACCCAGGCCAGACUACUUCCAGCGCUGUUUCCCAGAUGGAAAGCUGAAUGUUAAGAUGCUGUGCACCGGAGAACCAGACCUGGUGUCAGAGGGACGCAAGAGUUUCCCCAGCAGCCACUCCUCUUGUGAGUAUCAGUCAGUCAGCAGCCACAACACUGUUGAUCAUUAUGUUUUAGUGAUCAGUUUGAGCCAGGCAAGGUUGUCACGAUCGUCUACCAAUGAGGAGGACCAAGGCGCAGCGUUGCAGGCAAACAUACUCAUUUAUUUAGCGAAACGUGAAUCAAAACAACAAAAGACGGAAACGUGACAGUACUCGGUAACACACAACCAACUCGAAACAAAAUCCCACAAACACGAAAGAAAAGCCGACUGUUUAAAUAUGGCUCCCAAUCAGAGACAACCAGCUGACAGCUGACACUCGUUGCCUCUGAUUGGGAGUCACUCAGGCCAACAUAGAAAUAAUCAAACUAGACCCACAACACAAAACAUAGAAACUAACACCCUGGCUCAACAUAGGAGAGUCCCCCGAGCCAGGGCGUGACAGUACCCCCCCCCCUAAAGGCGCGGACUCCGACCGCGCCAACCACACACAACAGGGGAGGGACCGGGUGGGCACUCCGCCUAGGCGGCGGAUCCGGCUCCGGGCAUGAUCCCCACUCGCUCUCUAACCCCCCAAAGUACCCCUGGUCCGGUCUGGCCCUGCUGCCCGGAGCUGGACUGCACACUGGUGGAGCGGAUUGCUCUAGCUCCGGCGUAACGCAUCUGACCGGCGCCGGACCAGGCACCAGUGGAACAGGCACGUGCCGUGCCGGACCGACGACGCACACCCCUGGCUUGGUGUGGGGAACAGGCACGGGCCGUGCUGGACUGACGACGCACACCACUGGCUUGGUGUGGGGAGCAGGAGCGGGCCGGACAGGGCUGACGAAACGCACCACAGACUUGGUGCGGGGAGCAGGAAUGGGCCGGACUGGGCUGGCGACACGCACCACAGACUUGGUGCGGGGAGCAGGAACGGGCCGGACAGGGCUGACGAAACGCACCAUAGACUUGGUGCGGAGAGCAGGAACGGGCCGGACUGGGCUGGCGACGCGCACCACAGACUUGGUGCGGGGAGCAGGAACGGGCCGGACAGGGCUGACGAAACGCACCACAGACUUAGUGCGGAGAGCAGGAACGGGCCGGACAGGGCUGACGAAACGCACCACAGACUUGGUGCGGGGAGCAGGAACGGGCCGGACAGGGCUGACGAAACGCACCACAGACUUGGUGCGGGGAGCAGGAACAGGCCGGACCGUACUGGGGACACACACCACUGGUCCUACGCCGGGAUCUGGAAUGGGCCGGACCGGACUGGUAACACACCCCAGUACCUCUCGCCGUGCCUCUACACCUUCCACCCCCUCUUCGGCCAGUGGCCCCCGUAACCUGGCGGCCUCCUCUGCCAACCCGCUGGACCGCUCUACCGCGGCCUCCUGCUGCCCCGACGUCGUGAGACCCCCCUAAAAAUUUUCUGGGGUUCUCUCCUUCCCGUAGGCCAGGCCUCUAUAGUUCUCGCCCAACUCUCGUUAUUCAGCUCCUCAAUUGGCUUGACCCAGUCGAAACUCUUCCUCCAUUGUUCCCAAGUCCACUCACUCCGCUCUUCAAUCGGCUUAACCCAGUCGAGGCUGCCACGGAGAUCUGCUAGGGAUCUCCCUGGCGAUGGCUCCUCGACUCGCUGCUUGGUCCAGUUGUGGUGGAAUUUUCUGUCACGAUCGUCUACCAAUGAGGAGGACCAAGGCGCAGCGUUGCAGGCAAACAUACUCAUUUAUUUAGCGAAACGUGAAUCAAAACAACAAAAGACGGAAACGUGACAGUACUCGGUAACACACAACCAACUCGAAACAAAAUCCCACAAACACGAAAGAAAAGCCGACUGUUUAAAUAUGGCUCCCAAUCAGAGACAACCAGCUGACAGCUGACACUCGUUGCCUCUGAUUGGGAGUCACUCAGGCCAACAUAGAAAUAAUCAAACUAGACCCACAACACAAAACAUAGAAACUAACACCCUGGCUCAACAUAAGAGAGUCCCCCGAGCCAGGGCGUGACAGUGGUACAGAAUCCCUAAUCUUUAUCCCAGCAAACCAAAAUUGGUUCUGUGAAAGUUCCCAGAACAGCUGUUAAGUGGCGGCAAAUGUUCUCAUAACACAAAAACUGUCCAGUUGUGCUGAUGAUUAUACAAUCGUUGUAUAAAUAUUUGCCUGACGUUGCAAGAACAUUCCUAGAACACAUUACGUCUGUUCUUUAAAGGUUCUCCGAAUGUUUCAUUGGGUUGUGGGAACAAUCUGGUGGGAACAUUGUGGGGAUAUCACAAAAGAUAUGUUCCCAAAACACCAAAACUGUCCAGUUGUGCGGAUGACUAUAAAAUGUUAUUUUAGUGUGCAAAAAAACAUUCACCUGAUGUUACAAGAACGUUAGCAGAACACAUUUCUUUAGAUUGUGUGAACAUUGUGGGGAUAUUACAAGAGAUUGUAUCCUGUUACAAUGGUGCCAACAUGUUGUGGCUGAUCUUUCAGCGGGGGAGUGGGUGAAUGUGUCAAAGACCUGACUGGGCCCAGCACUGCGUAGUAUGGCUAGUUUUCUGUUGUGUUGGUGUUUGUGUACUUAGGAACAUGUAACUUGGUUCCAGAAGAAAGCCACUUUCAAUUUAUUUAGGAUGGGGGCUUUCAUCAAGGUAAGUGUGUCUUGGUGUAACAUUGUCCCCAGGCUAUUGCACACACAGCACAUAUAAGCCUGGGAUAUUAACCAUUCAAAUUUGGCCUUAGUGGGAGUAACCAUAGAAUUCUAUAUGCUUGGCCUUACUAAGUAGCACAGUCAAAAAGUCAUAAUUAUGGCUAAACCCUGCCCAUUUCCACAAUUGAUCUUAUUAAACAUGUAUUUUAAACCUAACCCUAACUAAUGAAGGCCAAGUUUGCUGUGUUUGUCCACCAGACCUUCCAUGCAUUUGGUUGGAAGUUUCUGGGAACAAGAUUAGGUGUAUUUUGACUAACAUGACAUCACUUUAGUGCGUAUGCCAUCCUUCAGCACAACAUGUCACCCUUUAUAAAGCACAUGUUUAUUUCAUAUUCGACAUAGUGGAUUAUGUCACAUUUGACAUGGGUGAUUAUGUCACACAGUUAUGCCACAUUUAUGAACCCUUUAUAAAGCAUGACAUACGGUUAUAGAUUAUUUGUAACACAUUUAUAUAGUGCUUAUGAAGGCAUUAUGAAGACUUUAUAAAGCCUUUAUAAGCUGAACGUAAUUUAAAGUGGGACCCUUCACAAUAAGAUUCCAUUUGUAAAGGGUUUAUAAAUGGGUUAUAAUUACGUUAUUAACGAUUAUUUAAUAAUCUAACCAUUAAUAAACGGUUAUAUAUCGCAUUGGUCAAAAUAGUGCAAUAACUGGUCAGUGUUUGCCAAAUAGUGAGCCAAUAUUUAACUCCAGUUAUUAACCAUUUAUUAAUGCACUUAUAAAUGCUUAUAAGAUUAAACCUUAUUUAUCAUCAUGCAACCUUAUUUUCAAUAGUUGCACUGUUGAACAAUGGUUGUUUUCUCACUUUUGGGUGUGAUGCAUUGUGGCUUUCCCAGGAACAGAAGAGGUUGGUUUUCAUGAUGUGUCUGGACCCACCUUUGAAACCCUGAUGCCCUGACCAAAUUUACAUCCAGGAAAUGAUUCAAUCAUAAUUCCUAACAUAUUACCUCUUUACCAGAUUAUAUCAACACACUUACCAGUUCUCUGUGAUAUUCCAAAUAUGGUGCACGCUCUGGUGGGAAAUGGUAGCCGUAAUAUCUUUGGUUGGUGAAACAGUGGAGGAGGUAUCCUCUCACAACGUCUUCAUACCCACCCUUCAUUGACUGAACAUGUUUAACAAAGUGUUACAUCUUCUCUCAUGUAUGUAGUGAUGAGUACCCAAUACUGCCUAUAAGUAUGUCUAAGCUCUGAGUGAACUCAAAAAUCAUCUAUAAAUGAUUUACCCACAUGUGGAGCUGCUAAAAUUAUACCUUAUUUUAAAGUGACGGAUCUAUAAACAUGUAUAACUGAGUUAUCAACAUUUAUAACUGCUAAAAUUAUACCUUAUUUUAAAGUGGCAAUCCACUGACCAUUAACAAAUGAGUCACCAAUAUUAAAACAGCUGAAAAUAUACCUUUAGAGAAAAGUUGAAUAUUUACAUUUUAGCAGACACUCUUAUCCUGGGGUGGCAGGUAGCUUAGUGGUUAAGGGCGUUGUACCAGUAACCGAAAGGUCGCUGGUUCUAAUCCCCGAGCCGACUAGGUGAAAAAUCUGUCUAUGUGCCCUUGAGCAAGGCACUUAACCCUAAUUGCUCCUGUAAGUCGCUCUGGAUAAGAGCGUCUGCUAAAUUACCCAUUCAUUCAUUUAUAUCCAGAGCGACUUACAGGAGCAAUCAGGGUUACGUGCCUUUCUCAAGGGCACAUCGACAGAUUUUUCACCUAGUCGGCUCAGGGAUUAGAACCAGCAACCUUUCGGUUACUGGCACAACGCUCUUAACCAUUAAGCUACCUGCGCCUAUUCUCUUCAUCAUGCCAUGCACGCUGCAUUUUGGCCACUCACUGGCUGCCUUCUGCAACUAGCUACAGUUGAAGUCUGAAGUUUACAUACACUUAGGAUGCAGUCAUUAAAACACGUUUUUCAACCACUCCACAAAUUACUUGUUAACAAAUUAUAGUUUUGGCAAGUCGGUUAGGAAAUCUACUUUGUGCAUGACACAAGUAAUAUUUCCAACUAUUGUUUACAGACAUAUUAUUUCACUUAUAAUUCACUGUAUCACAAUUCCAGUGGGUCAGAAGUUUACAUACACUAAGUUGACUGUGCCUUUAAACAGCUUGGAAAAUUCCAGAAAAUGAUGUCAUGGCUUUAGAAGCUUCUGAUAGGCUAAUUGACAUAAUUUGAGUCAAUUGGAGGUGUACCUGUGGAUGUAUUUCAAGGCCUACCUUCAAACUCAGUGCCUCUUUGCUUGACAUCAUGGGAAAAUCAAAAUAAAUCUUCCAAGACCUCGGAAAACAAAUUGUAGACCUCCACAAGUCUGGUUCAUCCUUGGGAGCAAUUUCCAAAUGCCUGAAGGUACCACGUUUAUCUGUACAAACAAUAGUACGCAAUUAUAAACACCAUGGGACCACACAGCCGUCAUACCGCUCAGGAAGGAGACGCGUUCUGUCUCCUAGAGAUAAACGUACUUUGGUGCGAAAAGUGCAUAUCAAUCCCAGAACAACAGCAAAGGACUUUGUUAAGAUGCUGGAGGAAACAGGUUCAAAAGUAUCUAUAUUCACAUUAAAACGAGUCCUAUAUCGGCAUAACCUGAAAGGCCGCUCAGCAAGGAAGAAGCCACUGCUCCAAAACAGCCAUAAAAAAGCCAGACUACGGUUUGCAACUGCACAUGGGGACAAAGAUCGUACUUUUUGGAGAAAUGUCCUCUGGUCUGAUGAAACAAAAAUAGAACUGUUUGGCCAUAAUGACCAUCGUUAUGUUUGGAGGAAAAAGAGGGUUGCUUGCAAGCCGAAGAACACCAUCCCAACCGUGAAGCACGGGGGUGGCAGCAUCAUAUAAUAAUAAUAAUAUGCCAUUUAGCAGACGCUUUUAUCCAAAGCGACUUACAGUCAUGCGUGCAUAAAUUUUUUUGUGUAUUCAUGCAGUGGGGGUGCUUUGCUGCAGGAGGGACUGGUGCACUUCACAAAAUAGAUGGCAUCAUGAGGAAGGAAAAUUAUGUGGAUAUAUUGAAGCAACAUCUCAAGACAUCAGUCAGGAAGUUAAAGCUUGGUCGCAAAUGGGUCUUCCAAAUGGACAAUGACCUCCAGCAUACUUCCAAAGUUGCGGCAAAAUGGCUUAAGGACAACAAAGUCAAGGUAUUGGAGUGGCCAUCACAAAGCCCUGACCUUAAUCCUAUAGAAAAUAUGUGGGCAGAACUGAAAAAGCAUGUGCGAGCAAGGAGGCCUGCUUGGGCCAAAAUUCAGCCAAUUUAUUGUGGGAAGCAUGUGGAAGGCUACCCGAAACGUUUGACCCAAGUUAAACAAUUUAAAGGCAAUGCUACCAAAUACUAAUUGAGUGUAUGUAAACUUCUGACCCACUGGGAAUGUGAUGAAUGAAGUAAAAGCUGAAAUAAAUCAUUCUCUCUACUAUUAUUCUGACAUUUCACAUUCUUAAAAUAAAGUGGUGAUCCUAACUGACCUAAAACAGGACAUUUUUACUAGGAUUAAAUGUCAGGAAUUGUGAAAAACUGAGUUUAAAUGUAUUUGGCUAAGGUGUAUGUAAACUUCUGACUUCAACUGUAGGUGUUCCUUUUGUCCAGGUGGGAAAGGGCAGUGUGGAGUGCAAUUUAGAUUGCAUCAUCUGUGGAAGCUUGUGGAAGGCUACCCGAAACAUUUGACCCAAGUUAAACAAUUUAAAGGCAAUGCUACCAAAUACUAAUUGAGUGUAUGUAAACUUCUGACACACUGGGAAUGUGAUGAAUGAAAUAAAAGCUGAAAUAAAUCAUUCUCUCUACUAUUAUUCUGACAUUUCACAUUCUUAAAAUAAAGUGGUGAUCCUAACUGACCUAAAACAGGACAUUUUUACUAUGAUUAAAUGUCCGGAAUUGUGAAAAACUGAGUUUAAAUGUAUUUGGCUAAGGUGUAUGUAAACUUCUGACUUCAACUGUAGGUGUUCCUUUUGUCCAGGUGGGAAAGGACAGUGUGGAGUGCAAUUUAGAUUGCAUCAUCUGUGGAAGCUUGUGGAAGGCUACCCGAAACGUUUGACCCAAGUUAAACAAUUUAAAGGCAAUGAUUGGGGUGAUCAGUCCUUGUGUCACGUCUCCUCCCGUUGCUCCCCUCCGGCGCGCUGAUUCGCCGGUCUAUUGAGCCAACGGUCUGAGCGCACCACCUCGGCAACACCGGAAUGGAAACCCAAUGCACCCUGAUCACCUCCAGCGCACCUGCACCUCAUCUCAUCACCACCCCUAUAUAGCCCUGGAAUGUUCAGUGUUGUGUUGUGUGUGAUUGUUAGUGUCUGGUCGUGUACUCUCUUUUUGUUGUUCUCUUGCUCAGUGUUAAGUAAACCUUUACAUUGUUGAUUCCUGCGUCUGCGUCCUGCCUCUUCGUAUCCUCAAUACUCGUCACACCUUGGUUCCAAAUAUUGGGGAAAAUGCCAGAGCUAAGGAUGGUGUUAAAGAGUUUAGUAUAGCAAAUUGGAAUUUGUGGUCUGUAUAUUUUAUCAUUUCAUUUAGCAUACCAUCAACACCACAGGCCUUUUUGGGUUAGAGGGUUUGUAUUAUGUCCUGUAUUUCAUUCAAUGUAAUUGGAGAAUCCAGUGGGUUCUGGUAGUCUUUAAUAGUUCAUUCUAAGAUUUGUAUUUGAUCAUGUAUAUGUUUUUGCUGUUUGUUCUUUGUUUGUUCCUUACUCUCCCCAUCUCCCUCUCCCUCUCUCCCCCCAUCCCUCAGUUGCGUUCUCUGGCUUGGGCUUCACCUCCUUCUACCUGGCUGGGAAGCUGCAUUGCUUCACGGACCAGGGCCGCGGGCGCAGCUGGCGUCUGUGUGCCAUGUUGCUGCCCCUCUACAGUGCUGUGAUGAUCGCCCUGUCCCGCACCUGCGACUACAAACACCACUGGCAAGGUCCGUCACGGUCUCUGUCACAGUCACGCCACAUCCAAAUUAAUCAUCAGAUUUGACAUUUAGGUCCAGGAGUUUUCUGACCAUGUGACUUACAGGCUGUUAAAUUCAGUCAACUGUAUUAUCCAACAUGGGGGAAUUAAUUUUGAAACAUUGCUUUAACUAUCCCCAAAUUCCCUGGUUUUCAACUAAUCCUAGUUGAAGGAUUCCCGGAUCGUAAUUCCAGGAAUCUUCCAAAUAGGAUUUCUGGAAAACUGGGGAAUUGCAACCCUAUCAUCACGAUGUACACAAAAGACAUAAAAAACCAAAAUCACCAUGAAUAUACUUAAAAUUGUAGGCCUACAUAAGAUUACUAUAAUACACAUAAACUCGGUAUCUAAGGCCCACAGUUUUUCCUGGUAUAUUUACAUUUACAUAAUUUAUAUCUAUGCCAGCACUCAAGGCCCCAGUUCUGGCAGGAUACAUACAGACUGACUGUUCGUUUCAUCUGUCAGCCUGUGUAGGUUUAGUUAGGAGCCAAAACCAUCUUUAUCACAUUAUGACCACAUGAAAAAAUACUACAGUUUACUAUAGUAAACUGUAAUAUACAAUAGAAUACUAUACUUCACACGGUAGAAUCUAUCGAUCAUGUGUAUAACUUAUUAUAGAAUGUUGUAGUAUACUGUAGAAUACUAUAGUAAAUACUACAUUAUUAUCUUCAAAAAAGCACUGUAGUAAAUGCUACAGUAAUGUCCGCAAAAACACUACAGUCCGCAAAAACACUACACUUUUUAAACUAUAGUAACUACUACGUUAUUUCAUUUGCAUAUACCCUGCCCAUUCCCCUCCCCAUUUCGCUGUCACGCUCGUUGAAGGACGGGUCAGACCAAGGCGCAGCGUGAAAUGCAUACAUGUUUAUUAUAAAGAUAAACACACGAACAAAAACGACAAAACAACGUAACUUGAAGUCCUCAGGCUAAACACAAAUACAAGCCUCUACAUGGAACAAGAUCCCACAACUAAUGAUUGCCAAUAGGCUGCCUAAGUAUGAUCCCCAAUCAGAGACAACGAGCGACAGCUGUCUCUGAUUGGGAAUCACACCCGGCCAAACAUAGAACUACAACACCUAGAACGUAAACAUAGAAAAUACAACAUAGAACUCCACACCCUGACUCAACAUACAAGAGUCCCAUGAGUCAGGGCGUGACAAUCGCAAUUUGUGCCACCCAUAAGUUAGAAACCUACAUGCCAAGUAUAGACCAUAUACAGUAUUGUGUUUCCUACAUGUUAUCGAAAAAGAGCUGAAGCGCUGAACUAUCUGUUCAGACCCCAGUCCUACCUACAGGUUAUGGUAAAUUUGCUCUUUUAGUAUUUAUCCAGUUGGUUUCUUGAAGGAGAAAGCCUCCACUUCUAUGUCAAAGAUAAUACAUUUAAAAAACUACAGUAAAUACAACAGUAUACUACAGUCUGCAAAAACACUACAGUAAAUACUAAAGUAAAAACACCACAUUAAUUACUAUAGUAUAUACUACAGUUUCCAUUUACUACAGUAUUUAUACUAUAGUUACUGUAAAUAGUACAGUAAACUACAGUAUAUUACAGUGAAUACUACAAUAAAGUAUGCAAAAACUCUACAAUUAAUACUAUAGUAUUCAUACCAUAGUAUACUAAAGUAUUUUUUCAUGUGGGUGGUUUAUCAAAUAUGGUGCUGUCUGGUUAACAUUACUCUGCUAAGCCACUUGAUGUAACAAGAAGUGUGUCCUCACCACAGAGACUCACAACACUGAUGUCAAUAUAUGAACCACAGUCAUUAAGUAAUCAACCAGGGGAUAGGAACAAAAAGCUAACCAGGGUGUAGCAGUGUAACUCAUGAAGUGGAUAAGAGGUAGACCUGUCUCUCUCUCUUUCAGGAAACCUGUCUCUCUCUCUUUCACACACACACAUGCAAAUACACACAAACACACAAACACACGCACACAACAAACACACACACACACACACACACAGGGGUAAUUGGAGGUUUCUAUGAGAAAGAGGGUGAUACGUGUGUGAAUCUCAAAGCACUGGCGAUGACAAUGAGGUAACACAUUUUCUAUGGUGUCUUAACUGCCGUCUGUUCCUCAAUCCCCACCAACAUGGACAGUAACGUCCAGAGAGAGAGAGGGAUAGAGAGACAGAAAGCAAGCACACAGCAUUGAGUGAUUUCCUGAGGGAGAGUGAGAGAGAGAACCAGAGAGACGAGAAAGAGAGAGAGCUGUGAUGUCCAGUGAUAAAGUGACAGCAGAAAUGAGGCAUUAGGCAACAUUGCUGUCAGACACCACUAAUUACUUUUAGAGGGAUCCCACAUGAAAAAAUACUAGUUUACUAUAGAAUACUACAGUACACUGUCACGAUCGUCGUUACAGGAAGCGGACCAAGGCGCAGCGUGUGAUACAAACAUGACUUUAUUUUAAUUAAAGUAACGAACAAAACAAAACACGACUCGUGAAGUCCAACGGUUUAAACAUACCGAAACGGAACAAAAACCCACAACACCCAAAGGAAAACAUACAGAUUAAAUAUGGCUCCCAAUCAGAGACAACCAGCCGACAGCUGACACUCGUUGCCUCUGAUUGGGAGUCAUGCAGGCAAACAUAGAAACAGAACAACUAGAAUACCCAACAUAGAAAACGAACACAUAGAAUGCACACACCCUGGCUCAACAUAUAGAGUCCCCGAGCCAGGGUGUGACAGUACCCCCCCUAAAGGCGCGGACUGCGACCGCGUCUAAACACCCCAAACAGGGGAGGGCUGGGUGGGCAUUCCUCCUCAGAGGCGGCUCCGGCCUUGACCACCACCCCUCCAUAAUACCCCCGUAGCGCCCCUGGUCCGGUCUGACCCCGCUGGCUGGAUCUGGACUGGUCAUUGACGGAGCGGAUUGCUUACGCUCCGUUGUGGAGCAGCUGACCGGUCUUACCAGGCUGACGACUCGCACCCCGGGCUUGGUGCGAGUAGCAGGAACGGGCUGAACCAGGCUGACGACUCGCACCCCUGGCUUGGUGCGAGUAGCAGGAACGGGCUGAACCAGGCUGACGACUCGCACCCCUGGCUUGGUGCGAGUAGCAGGAACGGGCUGGACCAGGCUGACGACUCGCACCCCGGGCUUGGUGCGAGUAGCAGGAACGGGCUGAACCAAGCUGACGACUCGCACCCCUGGCUUGGUGCGAGUGGCAGGAACAGGCUGGACCAGGCUGGCGACUCGCACCCCUGGCUUGGUGCGAGUGGCAGGAACAGACCGGGCCGGGCUGGCGACGCACACCGUAGGUUUGGUGCGUGGAGCAGGAACAGGCCGGGCUGGGCUGGCGACGCACCCCGUAGGCUUGGUGCGUGGAGCAGGAACAGGCCGGGCUGGGCUGGCGACGCACACCGUAGGCUUGGUGCGAGGAGCAGGAACAGGCCGGGCAGGGCUGGCGACGCACCCCGUAGGCUUGGUGCGUGGAGCAGGAACAGACCGGGCUGGGCUGGCGACGCACACCGUAGGCUUAGUGCGAGGAGCAGGAACAGGCCGGGCAGGGCUGGCGACGCACACCGUAGGCUUAGUGCGUGGAGCAGGGACAGGCCGGGCUUGGCUGUGGAGACGGAUAGGAGACCUGGAGUGACGAGCGGCCACCACCCGUCCUGGCUGAAUGCCUACCCUCACACGCACUGUGUGUGGCAUCCGCACAGGACGUACAGGGCUGUGUACCCGUACUGGCAUAACAGCACGUGACACUGGAGCAGGAAAUACGGGACCGCGGAGAGGCAUUGGAGACCACGAGCGUUGAGCCGGCACACUCCGUCCUGGCUGCAUACCCACCUUCGCACGACACGUGCGGGGUGCUCGCACAGAACGUACAGGACUAUGCCGGACCACUCGUGGCACAGUACGCCGCUCCGCAUACCGCGGAACCUGCCCCGUCCCAUGCUGCCAUGCCUGAGCACAGGAAGUUGGUUCCGCUCUCCAUCCAGGCUCCGCGAACCUGCCUUCUGGCCCCCCAAACCCGGUGGCCUCCUCUCCAAAUCGCCCUGUGGCAGCCUCCUGCUGCCCAGCCGCCCAUGCCGUGUGCCCCCCCCUAAAAAAUUAUUGGGGGUGCCUCUCGUCCGUCCGACGAUGGCACUGCUGGCGCCGCUGCUCCUCUCUCGCCAGGGCCUUGAUCCUACCCCAAGGUCCCUUGCCCCCGAGCAUGUCCUCCCAGGACCACACUUUGCCCACCUGGGCCAUCGCCAGCCUCUCCAUCUCCUUUCCUGGCGCUUCCUCCCAUGUCCAGUCUGCCUGCUCCUGGACACGCUGCUUGGUCCUUUUACGGUGGGUUUUUCUGUCACGAUCGUCGUUACAGGAAGCGGACCAAGGCGCAGCGUGUGAUACAAACAUGACUUUAUUUUAAUUAAAGUAACGAACAAAACAAAACACGACUCGUGAAGUCCAACGGUUUAAACAUACCGAAACGGAACAAAAACCCACAACACCCAAAGGAAAAAAUACAGAUUAAAUAUGGCUCCCAAUCAGAGACAACCAGCCGACAGCUGACACUCGUUGCCUCUGAUUGGGAGUCAUACAGGCAAACAUAGAAACAGAACAACUAGAAUACCCAACAUAGAAAACGAACACAUAGAAUGCACACACCCUGGCUCAACAUAUAGAGUCCCCGAGCCAGGGUGUGACAUACACACUGUAGAAUUAUGUAGUAAACUGUAGUAUAACGUAAAAUACUAUACUAUACACUGUAGUAUCUAUCGAUCAUGUGAAGUACUUAGUAUAGAAUGUUGUAUAAUAUUAUAGUAAAUGCUACAGUAUUAUCCACAAAAAAACACUAUAGUAUAUACUACAUUAAUGUCCGCAAAAACACUACAGUCUGCAAAACCACAAAGAAAUAUGUAUUAUAGUAAAUACUACAGUAUUUAAUUUGCAUAUGCCCUUUCCCCUCCACCAUAUCCCAAUUUGUGCCACGCAUAAGUGAGAAACCUACAUCCCAAGUAUAGAUCAUACUGUAUAUUGCCUUCCUUACAGGUUAUAGAAAAGAGCAGAAGUGCUGAACUAUUUGUUCAGUCCUACCUAAUGUGGCCUUUUAGUAUUUCUUCAGUAGGUUUUCUCAAGGAGAAAGCCUCCACUUCUAUGUCAAAGAUAGUAAAUACUGCAGUAUACUACAGUCUGCAAAAAAACUAUAGUAAAUACUACAGUAUAUUAGUCCAAAAUCAGCCUGGGAGCUCCUAAUAGCCUGCUCUGUGAACCAUGCUGGGUGGAUAACACCACACACUCUUCCCCAUUAAGGGAUGAUUUAGCCCCUGGGUCCUUGGUAUAUGUCUGGGGUUCAGCUCAAUCACUGGAGAAGGCACCCGUACUGAAGCAUCAACACCAUCAACCUUUAGAUGACUCUAUACAUAUCAUGAUACAUUUCAAAUCACCAGCUCAAGGACAGAGCCUCCACAUCAUUAGUUUGGAAUGUAUCCCUACUUUUAGAAUAGUCAUCCAUCUCGACUGCAUAGUUAAAAUGUGCAGCUUGUGUGAGGUCAUCAACAGGAGAAACUACUGUCUCUGUUCCAAUAUGCACUAGCAUACACUAGUUGAAGCAAUUCAUUGGACAUGUCUUCUAAGUGGGAUGCUACAAUGGACAUUGGAAUGUGGCCAGUCUAUUUUCAAGCACAAUUUAUGGUGCAGGUGUUAACUUAAUUUCUCCAGCUGGACAGAUAAAUAGUUGUUUCCAAAAUCUUGUUGAGUCUAGUUCAGCCGGUCUAACUACUGCACAAGUUAGUCAUUCUCUCUUCAACAUUACAAUGUAUUUGUUUGUGAAAAGUUGUUGUUAUUGGAUCACAAAUCAACAUUACAAUUUAGCACUUAUUUUCAAAAAUUGAUCAUGACUAGGAAAUCAUUUUGUUCUCAGCUAUGGUGACAAAGUGACAGACGGUCUGUCCAAGCCAGGGACAUGUUCAGACUCAGCCAGCCCCAGUAAUGACAACAGCCCAACGUUCACCCGAUCUUAGCCCAACGUUCACAAGAGCAACUGAUAAAACUAAAUUAGCUGACAUUUCCAAUGUAAACACCAUUCAUGAAGUAAAUCACCAAUGAUUCAUGCACUGAAUAAAUAACAAAGUACCCACGUUUAUUUCCUAUGGUAGAUUUCUGAGAUAUAGAUAUGUUUGACCUAAAGUACAAUCUAGCAAAACUUGUCUUAUGUCCUGUGUGUGGUCGAGUGUGGCUCAUUUGGUAAGAGUGUGGCACUAAUAACGCCAAUGUUCUGGGUAUCACUCACAUAGACAUACAAAAAAUGUAGUAGGCUCACUAUACUGUAACUUGCUUUUGGAAAAACCGUCUGCUAAGUAGCAUGUUAUUAUAUGUACAUUAUUAAUAUAUUAUUAUUAUUCCACAGAUGCCUUUGUUGGAGGGGUGAUCGGCCUGCUUUUUGCCUACAUCUGCUACCGGCAGCACUACCCCCCAUUCCUGCACAUGGACUGCCACCUGCCUUACGCCAGUCUGGCCAAAGCCCCCCACCUUGUCUCUGCCCAGGGCGACCCCCUGGUCCUGCCCACUGAGAACACCACCAGUCUGCCUCUGAAGGGGCUGACAGUGGGGCCACCCCUACCCCCAGAACUGGCCCGUAGCCUCACCCCCACCCAUCGAGCACCCAACCCCCUCUCACUCACACAGACUGAGUAGCUAACACUUACACAUUCCAGUGGACAGCACUGUACCGCCUCUCCCCCUCUCAACCUUUCUCCCAGUCUCUCGCCUUCCUCCACCCAUCCUCGCUCUUUCUUUGAUUUUUUCCCCUGCCUGAAUCAGGAGCAUUUCAGUGGUCUAUAUUUAGAGAGGCUGUGUAUGUGUUGGAAUAUAGGACAACACUGCUGGAGCAAAAAGGCAAAAGAACAUGAAAAAAAUUAAAAUAAGGGCCAGUUGCGCUAAAUCAACAUUCAACGGCUAUGACAUAGAGUGCCUUCGGAAAGUAUUCAGACCCCUUGACUUUGACCACAUUUUGUUACGUCACAGCCUUAUUCUAAAAUUGAUUAAAUAAAUAAAAAUCCUAAGCAAUCUACCCACAAUACCCCAUAAUGACAAAAACAGGUUUUGAGAAACGUAUUUACAUACUGUAAGUAUUCAGACCCUUUGCUAUGAGACUCGUAAUUGAGCUCAGGUGCAUCCUCUUUCCAUUGAUCAUCCUUGAGAUGUUUCUACAACUUGAUUGGAGUCCACCUGUGAUAAAUUCAAUUGAUUGGGCAUGAUAUGGAAAGGCACACACCUGUCUAUAUAAGGUCCCACAGUUGACAGUGCAUGUCAGAGAAAAAAACAAGAAUUGUCCGUAGAGCUCUGAGACAAGAUUGUUUCGAGGCACAGAUCUGGGGAAGGGUACCAAAACAUUUCUGCAGCAUUGAAGGUCCCCAAGAACACAGUGGCCUCCGUUAUUCUUAAAAGGAAGAAGUUUGGAACCACCAAGACUCUUCCUAGAGCUCGCCGCCUGGCCAAACUGAGCAAUCGGGGGAGAAGGAUAUUGGUCAGGAAGGUGACCAAGAACCUGAUGGUCACUCUGACAGAGCUCCAGAGUUCCUCUGUGGAGAUGGGAGAACCUUCCAGAAGGACAACCAUCUCUGCAGCACUCCACCAAUCAGGCCUUUAUGGUAGAGUGGCCAGACGGAAGCCACUCCUCAGUAAAAGGCACAUGAUAGCCCACUUGGAGUUUGCCAAAAGGCACCUAAAGACUCUCAGACCAUGAGAAACAAGAUUCUCUGGUCUGAUGAAAUCAAGAUUGAACUCUUUGGCCUAGUCAGGAUCGAGGCAAAGAUGAACGGAGCAAAGUACAGAGAGAUCCUUGAUGAAACCUGUUCCAGAACUCUCAGGACCUCAGACUGGGGUGAAGGUUCACCUUCCAACAGGACAAUGACCCUAAGCACACAGCCAAGACAACGCAGGAGUGGCUCUGGGACAAGUCUCUGAAUGUCCCUGAGUGGCCCAGCCGGACUUGAACCCGAUCUAACAUCUCUGGAGAGACCUGCAAAUAGCUGUGCAGCAACGCUCCCCAUCCAAACUGACACAGCUUGAAAGGAUCUAAAGAGAAGAAUUGGAGAAACUCCCCAAAUACAGGUGUGCCAAGCUUGUAUCCCCAUACCCAAGAAGACUCAAGGCUGUAAUCGCUGCCAAAGGUGCUUCAAGAAUGUUCUGAGUAAAGGGUCUGAAUACUUACAUAAAUGUGAUAUUUCCGUUUUUUGAGGUAGAAAAUGCUAACUAAUUUCUGUUUUUUAGGACUACAAGCUGGAGAGCUCUAUGGAGCACUCGAUACAUUAGAUGUCACAGCUCCCCAAUUUGAUUCAUGAGAUACAAUAUCUAAUCCAGUGGUGGAAAAAGUAACCAAUCAUCAUACUUGAGUAAAAGUAAAGAUACCUUAAUAGAAAAUGACUCAAUAAAAGUGAAAGUCCCCCAGUAAAAUUCUGCCUGAGUGAAAGUCUGAAUGUAUUUGAUUUUAAAUAUACUUAAGUAUCAAAAGUAAAUGUAAUAAAAAAAUAUAUACUUAAGUAUCAAAAGUAAAAGUAUAAAUCAUUGAAAUUUCCUUAUAUUAAGCAAACCAGACAGCACCAUUUUCUUGUUUUUUUAAUUGAUUUACAGAUAGCCAGGGGCACACUCCAACACUCAGACAUAAUUUACAAACAAAGCAUGUGUGCUAGGAGUCCGCCAGAUCAGAGGCAAAAUGGUUGACCAGGGACUUUCUCUUGAUAAGUGAGUGAAUUGGACCAUAUUCCUGUCCUGUAAGCAUUCAAAAUGUAAAGAGUAUUUUUGGGUGUCAGGGAAAAUGUAUGGAGUAAAAAGUACAUUCUUUUCUUUAGGAAUGUAGUGAAGUAAAAGUAAUCAAAAUUAUAAAUAGUAAAGUAAAGUACAGACACCCAAAAAAACUACUUAAGUAGUAUUUUCACUUAAGUACUUUAUACCAUUGAUCUAAUCGCUUCGACAGUGAGGGAAAUCAGACUACAAAAUCUGAUAGCUAGCACAUUUCGAACUUUGAGAGCACACAUCCGCUAAAAUGACCAAAUGUAUGGUCACUAAAGUUGUCCAAACUGUAUUCUAUUACUAUGCCUCUGCCUUAGUCUUAGACCCACCGAGGUUGUUACUGCAUUGUUCCCAUCUCUCCUGUUGCUGGUUCUCCAUGGCAACAUAAUGAUAAAUAUAGCACCAAUGCAUUCAUGGAGAGAAGCACUGUUCGAUGACAGAACAAUCUUCUACCCAGUCCUGUGUUUAUUUCUCUUUUCCCAAUUCCUCCCAUUCGUUCUAUCUGUUUCUCUCCAUCCAGUUUCUCUUUUUCCUCAAAUGUUUAUCAUGUCAUCUUUCUUAUCCCUCCAUGAUACUUCUCUCUCUCUCUUCUUUUUCUCUUCUCCCUUCUCUUUCUCUUUCGAUCUUUCUUACUCUUUCUUUAUCUCCCACCCUCUCUCCCUCCUCCAUCUCCCCCCGCUCCCUCUCUCACACUCUCUCUCGCUAAGUAUUCUCUCCCUCUCUCCUUCUUGCCAUGGCGUGGGCUGACUGGGUAUUUACCAUUUCCUGCACUGAGGUAGAUUUGAAUACAGAUUAAAGUUCAAUGAGGGCAAUUAAUAACGGGCAGGUGGAAUUGGUAUGGUGGAAGAGCGUUGAUCCGGGCAUUAACUCUAAUCCUCAUUAUGUUGGGUUAGGCAGCACUGCUUGUGAGGACAUUAGGGUCAAAUUAAAAUUAAGCAGCCCUAAAGACAGCCCAAGCAUUGCAAAUAGAUUUUAGGCAACAGUGGCCUCACAAAAUAAAUAGACAUUGUAGAAUUCUAGAGGGGUUAGGGCCAUUACAGAGGGUGUGUUUCUUGAAGUCAUUACUCAUUACUCCUUACUGGGUCUUGAGUUAUGCCAAGCUCAAUUUGAGUGCCAAUUUAUAAAAGGAAAUACCAAGGACGGUUGAUUUCCAGCAACUGAAAGUGUUCUGUGAUGUAAGCAACUAGAAGUUAUUUAGAGAGAUAACAUAUUCCUCCUUGUUAGUCAUCAAACUGAUUUGCAUAGCCCCCCAAGCAGAUAUAGUUCAGACUAAGAUGAAUUGGCAUAUUUUAGUUAAUGCUGAAGCAUACCGUACCAUUGCUGUGACAUUAUAGGGAUGGGCUGAGCUGAGCUUCUGCAUUUUACUUACCCUGAUUUAGCCCACAGCAGUAAAAGGUUAAGUGUUUCUUGAAAGUCUUAAGCAAAUCUACUUUGAAACAAAAGUAUACACCACACACACAUGGUUAUGGGCGUACAAAAAAGAACACACCUGUUCCAUGUCAGAUAUAGAGUUGAAAUGUAUUCAAUUUUGAGUUUGUAUCCCAAUAUUACACGUUAUAUACAUCACAGAAGACUGAAAUAUAACAAAACUGUUUGAGAUAGAAAAUCACUGGAUUUUCUGCGCUUAAAAAAAAUACAUGUUUAUUAAUUAUGAAAUUAUGACAAAUAUUAAUAACAUUCCACCCAUGAGGCCACUAGGUCAUUUGACUGCAGGAAAGGGCUACCUGCUUGCUGCCCCAUCCAGCACUACUCACCAUAAUACAGAAUGAGGGACGGCAAUUCAGCACCCAAGUCCACCCAAAAAGGAAAACAAAAGACUACAGUGCAUUGCAAAAGUAUUCAUCCCCCUUGGCGUUUUCCCAAUUUUGUUGCAUUACAAACUGUAAUUUAAAUGGAUUUAUAUUUGGAUUUCAUGUCAUGGACAUACACAAAAUAGUCCAAAUUCGUGAAGUGAAAUUAAAAAAAUUACUUGUUAAAAAAUAAAAAAAAAAAAUAACAAAUGGAAAAGUGGUGCGUGCAUAUGUAUUCACCCCCUUUGCUAUGAAUCCCUUAAAUAAGAUCUGGUGCAACCAAUUACCUUCAGAAGUCAUAUAAUUAGUUAAAUAAAGUCCACCUGUGUGUAAUCUAAGUGUCACAUGAUAUGUUACAUGAUCUCAGUAUAUAUACACCUGUUCUGAAAGGCCCCAGAGUCUGCAACACCACUAAGCAAGGGGCACCACCAAGCAAGUGGCACCAUGAAGAUCAAGUAGCUCUCCAAACAGGUCAGGAACAAAGUUGUGGAGAAAUACAGAUCAGGGUUGGGUUAUAAAAUAAUAUCUGAAACUUUGAACAUCCCACGGAGUACCAUUAAAUCCAUUAUUAAAAAAUAGAAAGAAUAUGGCACCACAACAAAUCUGCCAAGAGAGGGCCGCCCACCAAAACUCACGGACCAGGCAAGGAGGGCAGUAAUCAGAGAGGCAACAAAGAGACCAAAGAUAACCCUGAAGGAGCUGCAAAGCUCCACAGCAGAGAUUGGAGUAUCUGUCCAUAGGACCACUUUAAGCCAUACACUCCACAGAGCUGGGCUUUACAGAAGAGUGGCCAGUUUAAAAAGCCAUUGCUUAAAGAAAGAAAUAAGCAAACACGUUCGCCAAAAGCCAUGUGGGAGACUCCCCAAACAUAUGGAAGAAUGUACUCUAGUCAGAUGAGACUAAAAUUGAGCUUUUGGGCCAUCAAGGAAAAUGCUAUGUCUGGCGCAAACCCAACACCUCUCAUCACCCCGAGAACACCAUCCCCACAUUGAAGCAUGGUGGUGGCAGCAUCAUGCUGUGGGAAUGUUUUUCAUCGCAGGGACUGGGAAACUGGUCAGAAUUGAAGGAAUGAUGGAUGGCGCUGAAUACAGGGAAAUUCUUGAGGGAAAUCUGUUUCAGUCUUCCAGAGAUUUGAGACUGGGACGGAGGUUCACCUUACAGCAGGACAAUGACCCUAAGCAUGCUGGUAAAGCAGCACUCGAGUGGUUUAAAGGUGAAACAUUUAAAUGUCUUGGAAUGGCCUAGUCAAAGCCCAGACCUCAAUCCAAUUGAGAAUUGGUGGUAUGACUUAAAGAUUGCUGUACACCAGCGGAACCCAUCCAACUUGAAGGAGCUGGGGCUAUUUUGCCUUGAUGAAUGGGCAAAAAUCCCAGUGGCUAGAUGUGCCAAGCUUAUAGAGACAUACCCCAAGAGACUUGCAGCUGUAAUUGCUGCAAAAGAUGGCUCUACAAAGUAUUGACUUUGGGGGGGGGGGUGAAUAGUUAUACACGCUCAAGUUUCCGUUUUUUUGUCUUAUUUCUUGUUUGUUUCACUAUAAAAAAUAUUUUGCAUCUUCAAAGUUGUAGGCAUGUUGUGCAAAUCAAAUUAUACAAACACCCCCCAAAGUCAAUUUUAAUUCCAGGUUGUAAGGCAACAAAAUAGGAGAAAUGCCAAGGGGGUGAAUACUUUUGCAAGGCAUUAUAUGUCUCUGCCUGCAGUCCCAUACCAGUCUAACUCUAUUCUGCAAUGAUUAGUCAGUGGUUUCUUCUUUGUUGUUCUGAAACUUUGUAAGAUAGAGCUCCGUUAUUUUACAUCUUGGCUUUGAGAGCAAGAUAAGAAUCACAGUAAUGAUCAACAAUCUGACACACUUGUUAUAAGUGUGUGUGUGUGUGUGUGUGUGUGUGUGUGUGUGUGUGUGUGUGUCUGAUUGUGUGUGUCGAAAGAGUCCACCAGCAUGUUGGACUAGGACCGUGCUUUUGGUGAAAUAACAUUACAACACAAAGCUAACCAAGUUAGGCAUGAGGCUUUCCUUAAGUCCAAGAUGGAGGGGUCUUUGUGUAGGUGCUAAACACUGGACACCAUCAGCAUUUCCAUGUGGAGGUCUGAGCAUGUCUGGAAGCUGGUCAUCAGCCCUGCGAAGAGUUGACCCAGCAGAUGCACAAAGUCUAUAACUUUCUGUAAGAUCACGUGUGUCUUUGCACCACUAUUUAUAAUGAACAGUGUUUGCAGUUAUAUGUGUCCUUGAGUGACGCCUAAAGCGUUAGGUCAUAAUUCUGUGAUGUUUCUGGGAGUUUUAAAGUGAUGUAUAGCCCUAUGGACUGCCUGAUGGAGCCACAAAGUACUGGAACUUGAUCCUUUUCCUCUUUAUUGGUUAUAUUCCUAAUGUAAAAAAAAAAGUAUGUGUCUUGAAAAUAUAUAUCAAGUGAAAAAAAAGUUGUAAUUAAAAGUGUUUGAGGAUAAAUAUUCAAUGGAAAAAUUGCUGUUCAUAAGAGUACAAUAAUAUUUUGCUUCAUUUAUCAACAAUGUUUUACUCAUCAAUUCCUUCUAAUCUGCAAUAUGUAAAUUGAAAAAGGCAACCGGACCGAUGUUGAAUAGCCGUCUUUUGAGAAAAAAAAAAGUAACAUUAUUGACCAUGGCAUGACAAUACCAUUUGUGAAAAGACACUAUUGUAUGUGGAUAAGCAUGUCUGGCCUUGAGAGCAAAAUGUGUUUUGAUGUUUAUAUACUUGAUGUGCAACAAUGAACUGGAUCCUGAUGGGUGCUUUGUUCGUUGAUAAUUGGGACUCUACAGACCUUUCAUUUGUAGCUAAGGAAACCUUUUAUUUUACAACAUCAACUAGUAGCCAUUUUGGAAACACUACAUAAACCCCAAACUUUGAGGAUGUUGAUAGAAACUACAUUUGGAGUGAUAUAUAAUAUGCAACUGAACAAUUGUAUACUGUAUGUCCACAUUUGAAAUAGAAUAUGUCCUCUGUAGCUCAGUUGGUAGAGCAUGGUGCUUGCAACGGCAGGGUUGUGGGUCCGUUUCCCACGGGGGGCCAGUAUGAAAAUGUAUGCACUCACUAACUGUAAGUCGCUCUGGAUACGAGCGUCUGCUAAAUGACUAAAAUGUCAAAUGUAACCUGGUUAGAUAAGUUCGUUUUUUCUUCUCCACUGUCAGAUGAAAUUGUAGAACUGAAGGAGACUUGUGUCUGUUACUCUCUGUUCACAGUGAAGGUGUGUGCGUUGUGUUGUUCUACAUCAGUACAGCUGCACUCUUAUUUGGGGUGUUUACAAUAAACAUCAGCAUAUGCUUAUUACUAUGGUAUCUUGGAUUUUGUCUUCACCUGUCAAGACUAAAUGUAGGUAUUUUGCAGUGUGUUAUGGACUGGGUGUGAGUUUACCUUGUUAGAGUAAGUGGCAUGAAAAGUUUGUGAGUGAGGCAGGGCAGGUCAAUUCCAUCUACAGUACAUUCUUUUUUACAGUGUGUCUCUGUAUAUAUGUGCAUGCUGUGAAACAAUGAAUAGUGGGGUGCAGUAUCUGGCUCUCACGAUGUGCCCAGGCAAGCCUAUCCUCACCUCCUCCCGCUGUGAGGAUGACAUGUCCAUAAUUCUUCAUUACGAGCUGCACACCAAAGUCCCCUGGCUCUGAAUUCCCACUACAAGGGUCUCGCUGGCAGGAAGGACCAGAGAAAUUAGAUGAACUUCAUUGAACACAUUUAGGAUGCGUUCCAAUUGGCACCCUAUUCACUACAUAAUGCACAACUUUUGACCAAGGCCGAUAGUGCUCUGGUCAAAAGUAGUGCACUAUAUAGGGAAUAGGGUGCCAUUUGGUGCUCAGCCUUAGAUGCACAAACCGUUGAGCUACCGGAACUGUAGAUGUGUUGCAACUCAUUAGUGUUCACAGCAUCCUAGUAAUGUAAUCAUAAUAAGUCAGAUUCCAAUGAUAUUCCCUUUUACACUCACAGAUGUAGGGCUAAGGAUCAUUUCAGUAUCACGUCGGGAUCACCAAACUGUAGAGGGAAUUAUGUAUUUUUUUAUUUACGUGUUUGUUGUUAUGGAAUUACACAGGCAUUAUCGGUGGUCUGUGCCAAUAUUUCCAAUGUUUGUUUAGGACACUGUUCUCUUAAGAGACUUGAAAACCUGAAACCCUGGACACAAACAACCCUAGGGCAUUUCCAUCAAAAAGGAACCAUGAGCACCAACAUGUGAAGUUCAUAGGAGUAUAUCAAAUUGGGUUUCAAACGAAAGCUAAGAGUCUAUAUUUUGGAGAAAUUAAGGCAUGAUACAUUUUUCAAUCAUUUUCCAUCUUUAAAAUGUGGCCUGAUAAAGGCUUUGAUUUCUGGAUAAUCAGGUGGAAAGGGGUCCUUGGAAACAUCUACCAGAAAUGUCUUAAAAGGUAUCAGAAAUACAUCAGAACACAAUCAUGUUGACGGAAAGACCCCUGCCAACUAAUAUCAACACUUAUAUUUAGUGUUGAAGAAAUUGUUAACCUUCUUUAAGUUUAAUAAAUAUUGCCUUGUGCCUUGUAAUUAUGUUACCAAAAACACAUAUCUUUAAGAUAUUUUCUAAUUUCUCUCCCUCAUAAGGGGGUAGGAUAAUGAAAGUUCACAGAAGUAACAAGUAAUGGUAGACCUACCAAUCAGUUAUAGUGAUUUUACUGAUAUCAAUUUUGUUUAUUAUUAAAUGAUUAAAACCCAUAAUUCUGUUAUCAAAUUGGUAACGGAAGUACCAAAAGAUCAGCAAUGGAAUUACUGCAACUGAAUUGGCUACAAUGGGAAAUCAUAAUAGUCACAGACCACAGUUGGGUCACCUGCUACUGUCAUCGCUUCCACUGGCAUACUGUUACGUUCAGAUGAUACCUGUUUUCUUUCUGUUUCUGUCGUCUGGUGGACAAACCAAGAGCAUUAAAACAGUCUGAGUCUGGAAAACCCCUCCCUCCCUCUCUCUCUCUCACUUUCUCUCUCUCUCUCUCUCUCUCUCUCUCUCUCUCUCUCUCUCUCUCUCUCUCUCUCUCUCUCUCUCUCUCUCUCUCUCCAGUUAACGUCAUCUCUCCAAGCUCUAACUGA